CUAUUGUCUAGUGGCCGAUCGCCACUUUGCACUGCGGCCGCUCCGCCCGCUUUCUCCUCCAUCAUACACCACAUUCAUACAUACACACACAUAUAUCGAUAUCUAUAUCUAUAUAUACCGGUAUAUUAGAGAGAGAGAGAGAGAGAAAGAGAAAGUCAACCGCAAAUUCACAACCGUCAAUUCUAGAAAGUGAUGAAAUUCUGUUUUCUCCGGAGAUUGGUUUGCAGAGAUAACAGAGUUUUUGUUGAUAGAGAGAGAGAGAGAUGAAGUGAAGAGAGAGUGUUUGUGUAUAGGUAAUGCAUCAGAAGAAGUCUGAAGUUCAGAUCGGGAAAGAAAGCAGUGGCGUCUCUUCCGAUUUCAAUCCGGUUCUGCUUUCUCCCUCUUCCUCGCUUCACCAGAAGCACUCCCAAAUUUGCCGCCUCGAUCCUCAUGCUUUGAUCUUCGGUUCUUCUCAUUCCGCCGGGAAUAAUAGUAAUAAUAAUAAUAAUAGCAAUGAUAAUGCCACUCUCCAGAUCAUUAUCAACGACGGAAAUCGUCCGAUUGCAUCCGCCUCCACCUCGCCGGCCGCGGUGGCCGCCGGCGGGAAGACCACCGCUCACAAGAGAAUUCUCCCCGGGAAUAAUUCCUCCAAUUCUUCCAUCAACUCGAUGACCAAAUCCCCCACUCUGAGCAAUUCUCUGCAUAAAUACCCGUUUUAUUCCGCCCCGCCCUCCGCGAAUGGCCCGUACCCGUUUAGGGUUCUGGGCCAUUCCCACUUCUACCACCAGCUCUACCACCUCCGCCGCGUCGUCCGGAUUCACCUCCGCCUCAUCAUCCUCCUCUCCUUGCCUUUCUUCUAUUUCCUCGUUUCCCACCCCACUAACUCCAUCUUUCUUGAUUUCCUCUCCGCUUUUGCCUUCUCAGCAGCGCUUUUGUUCUCCCUGCAUUUGGCACUCCCCAGACUGCCCUCUAUCCGUUUGUUCCUUGCCAGGUCUUUCCCAAUCAAACUCCCUCUAUCCAGCCAUGUCUCCAGAAGGCGUUUGCCUGUGUCCUGGUCAAUCGGUUCUUGGCCAAAGUAUGACAAGAAAGUGAGUUCUGGGUGUUGGGUGCAGGCAUAUAGCAAUGGUGAUGUGUAUGAGGGUGAGUUUCAUAAGGGGAAAUGUAAUGGGAGUGGAGUUUACUAUUAUUACAUGAGUGGAAGAUUUGAAGGGGAUUGGGUUGAUGGCAAGUAUGAUGGGCAUGGAGUGGAGACAUGGGCAAGGGGAAGUCAAUACAGGGGCCAAUAUAGGCAGGGACUUAGGCAUGGUUUUGGCGUUUAUCGGUUUUAUACUGGUGAUGUUUAUGCUGGAGAAUGGUCAAAUGGCCAGGGCCAUGGCUGUGGGGUGCAUACCUGUGAGGAUGGUAGCCGAUAUGUUGGCGAAUUCAAAUGGGGUGUCAAGCAUGGCCUUGGCCACUACCAUUUCAGGAAUUCUGACACUUAUGCUGGAGAAUAUUUUGCUGAUAAGAUGCACGGAUUUGGAGUGUACCAUUUUGCCAAUGGGCAUCGUUUUGAAGGCGCUUGGCACGAGGGAAGAAGACAAGGAUUGGGGACAUAUACUUUUAGGAAUGGAGAAACCCAUUCGGGUCACUGGCAUAAUGGCGUUCUUGACCUUCCAAGCACACAGAGUGUGCCCUAUCCUGGAUCUCCCGUGGCUGUUUACCACUCAAAAGUGUUGAAUGCCGUCCAGGAAGCACGACAUGCAGCCAAGAAGGCCUACAAUGUGGCAAAGGUUGACGAAAGAGUGAACAGGACAGUAGCAGCAGCGAACAAGGCAGCUAAUGCAGCAAGAGUAGCAGCAGUGAAAGCGGUGCAGAAAGAAAUGCAUCACCGCAGAAACAGUGAUGAGCUCCCUAUUCCUGUAAUGUAACGACUUCCAUGGGGUUAAGUGUACAUAACCUUUUGAGUGCUGGAGACUGAGUUUAAGUCUGUGGAACUUACAGACUUGAAGUGGUAUUAGUGUAUAGUAGUAUAGUACAAGUACAACAUGACCAUACAAGCAAGCUGCUGAUUGAGUUGCUAGUUGGUCACUGUAAAUUUUUGGUAGCUGUAUAAAGGGAGAGCUGGCGACUGAGGAAAAAUGUUAUCCAGCCAGCCUGUAUGUAUAUUAAUGACUAGUGAGAAAUUAAAUGAAGUUGGUGCAACAAAUCUUUUCCUGUUAUGCCACAA